CCUUUAGAAAUCCAAUAUGGCUGCCCGUCUCCUGACCAAAACUUUCCUGCUGCCCGUUCGCGGCCGUUUUGCCGCCUCUGUCGUCUCGUCUCCUGCGAGAUGUCAGUCGUCAGGCCAGCCUCUGACGCAGGAAGUCGGCGAGGAGCUUUCGGACGAGGCGAUUUUCUCCCACGAGCACGUAGAGCUGCGUAGAACGCUGAACAAGAUUAUUGAGAAUGACAUCAACCCGUACGUGGAUGAGUGGGAGGAGGCUAAGAUGUUCCCGGCUCACAGGGUCUUUAAGAAGCUUGGAGAUGCCGGCUUCUUGGGUGUUAACAGACCUCCAGAGUAUGGUGGCCUGGGUCUGGAUUACUCCUAUAAUGUAGCAGUGGCUGAAGAACUGGGGAACGUCAAAUGUGGAGGCAUCCCCAUGGCCAUAGGGGUGCAGACUGACAUGGCUACUCCUGCUCUGGCAAGGUUUGGCAGUGAUCAUGUGAAGAAAGAGUUUCUGGCCCCGUCCAUCGCUGGCGAGAAGGUGGCCUGUCUGGGAGUUAGUGAGGUUGGAGCAGGGUCAGAUGUCAGCAGUAUCAAGACCGUAGCUAAGAAAAGUGGAGGUGAUUACAUCAUCAAUGGGGGAAAGAUGUGGACAACUAGCGGGCUGCAGGCUGACUGGAUGUGUCUGUUAGCCAACACCAGCGACGGCCCUCCUCACAGAAACAAGUCACUCAUCUGUCUCCCCAUGGAUCUUCCAGGGAUACAAAAAGCAAAGAUAGACAAGAUCGGCAUGCAUAGCUCCGACACUGCACAGAUUUUCCUGGAGGAUGUCCGAGUGCCUCAGUCCUACCUCAUCGGAGACGAAGGGAUGGGCUUCACCUACCAAAUGCUGCAGUUCCAAGAGGAAAGGCUGUGGGGCGCUGCUGCAUCCCUGUUGCCCCUCGAUAAUGUCAUAAAGGAGACAGUUGAGUACACCAGACAGAGGAAGAUCUUUGGACAGCCCCUCCUGAACAGCCAGGUCGUCCACUUCAAACUGGCCGAGCUGCAGGCUGAGGUGGAGUGUCUGAGAUCACUUGUCUAUAGAGCAACCGGGAUGUACAUUCAGGGCAAAGAUGUGACGAAGCUGGCUUCCAUGGCGAAGCUGAAGGGCGGCCGACUGGCGAGAGAAGUGACAGACUCCUGUCUGCAGUACUGGGGAGGGAUGGGGUAUACAUCUGAGGUCAUGGUCAGCAGAGCAUUCAGGGAUUUCAGGUUGUUUUCUAUUGGGGGUGGUGCCGAUGAGGUUAUGAUGUCCAUAAUUUCCAAGUACAUGGGUACUCUGCCCAAACUGAAGGCAACGUAGUGCCCAUCUGCUGGGUUGAAUUUGCCAAUUUGCAAAUGACAUGUAAACUAGAGAAGUAACAUUUGCAAGGCAAAUGCAUAAUGUUUACCUUCGGACAUGGUCUGCUCUGUUAAUUCUUACUCAAACACAUUCACAUACAUGUACUACUAGUUUAUGGUGACAGGAGCAGAGCAGACCAUGAAAUUGCAACAUUAUGUAACCCAACACCAGUCACCAUGGUGACAGACAUCAACAAAUCAUGUCAUUGGUCAGGUCAGAGGUCACUGGAGAAGAAGAAGAAACUGAGCAAAAACUAUGUUUUCCUUUCGGUAAACAUAAUUACAGACAUAUCUGUCAAUGCUAAUAACAUGCAAGCAGACAAGAACAACAUUAGAUAACAUUGAUUUUUAUUUCAAUGCUUUAUUUUAAAAGAGUGUAUUUCACUGCCACAGAUACUUUGACGCUAUGAGUGUGGAUACUAUUAUUUCCUUGUAUGUUCUAUGGUCAACUCUCAAAUAAUGCGUGAAGUGAACAGGAAAUGUGUAUAUAAUGUAGCAUACCAAAUGUCACUACAGUAGUUAAAUGUCGACGACUAAGCUUGGCCGGUCAUGUUGUACAUAGUGAAGAACCAACCAGUAUGCUUCUACUUUGGAACCCUGAUACAAAGAGAAGAGUUGGACGUCCAAACAUAACACUUAAAAAACUUAAAGACACUGAAACAGGCUUGGAGGACUUAGAACUUAUCUCUGUGAUGAAUGACAAACAGUUCUGGAGAUCAAACUUUGUAUGCUCCACCACUUCGGAGGAUGAUAGAUGAUGAUGAAUGUAGCAGUAAUUGUCAUAACAGGGUAUUUUUUUUCUCGUACUCGAAAUUUACUUGUUUUUUAUUACAGUUUUUGAUGGGGUCUAAAAGAUCUUGGUGAGCAACUAAUUAUAUAAAGAGCUAUAUUACAGCUUAAGAGUUAUAUUACAGCUGAGUACUUUAAAUAC